GUGCAGUAGCACAUUGCUCCAGCGCCCGCCUCGACCCGCAUCUGCCUCCCUUCCCUCUCCAGGUAAAGACGGGAGGCGGAAGGUGGCCUUUCCCAGCGCCAGCAUGGACAGCACCCAGGAAGAGAGGCAGCUGGAGCUGAUCGGCAGCCUGAAAGACCAAGCUAUUGGCGAAUAUGAAGAUCUAAAGGAAGAGAACAAGAAAACAAAAGAAGAGUGUGACAAAAUCAAGCAAGAGAGAGAUGAAGCAGUCAAACGGCUGGAAGAAUUGCAAAAAGUUUCUCACAUGGUUAUUGAGGAAGUCAGCUGUAUACAAAACCACCUUGAAAUCGAAAAGACAUGUCGUGAAAGUGCAGAAGCCCUUGCGACAAAGCUGAACAAAGAAAACAAGACUCUGAAAAGAAUCAGCAUGUUGUAUAUGGCAAAGCUGGGUCCAGAUAUCAUUACUGAAGAAAUUAACAUAGAUGACGAUGAGUCCUCUACGGAUACAGAAAGUAGCCCUGGUGCAUGUGAAUCACUGCAAUGCCAGCAGGUGAUAAAAGAUCUGCGAGAUCAAAUUAUAACUCUUCAGGAGGAAAAGAAAUCCAUUGCCAUUGAACUGGAAAACCUGAAGAUCAAAUUUGUUGAAGAAGUUGUAGAAGUAAAUAAAAUAAAGGAAGAAAAUGCAGUACUGGCAGCAGAAGUUCAGAAUCAACAGAAUGUUUUGGAAAAAUGUAAUCGAGUGUCUGUACUGGCAGUAGAAGAAUACGAUGAACUACAGGUCAACUUUGAGUUGGAGAAAAACUUGCGAAAGAGAGCAGAAUCAUUUGCACAAGAGAUGUUUAUUGAACAAAAUAAACUGAAACGGCAAAGUCAACUUUUGCUGCAAAGUGCUGUUCCUGAUGAACAGCUCAUGAAAGCUCUGGAUGAAAAUGCCAAGCUGAACCAAAUGCUGGAGGAAGAAAGGUUGCAACAUCAGCAGAAGGUGGAAGAAUUAGAGGAACAACUAUCUAAUGAAGUCUUGCAUAAGGAAAUUAAAUCACUGAAACAACAGCUGGAACUUUUAGAAGAAGAUAAAAAAGAAUUAGAAGAAAAGUGUCAAAAUGCCGAAGAACAAAUUAAAAUCUUAAAGCAGUCAGCGGAUGACCUUCAAAAAAGGAUUCAACAGCCAGAAACCCCCAUACCACCUCCUCCACCACCACUACCACCUCCACUACCUCCACCACCUCCAAAUCCAAUCAGGUCCCUGAUGUCAAUGAUUCGUAAGAAGUCUCAUCCAAACAGCAGCAUGGCCAAGAAAGAAAAGACAGCAUCUCAGCAAGACUCAGGAGAAGAGAAAGAUCUGAAGAGACAAGCUGUGGAAGAAAUGAUGGAUAGAAUUAAAAAGGGUGUCCACCUUAGACCUGUUAAUCAGACCAACCGCUCUAAGACAAAGCCAGAAGUGCCCAAACCCUCCGAGAGUGCAAUGAAAGAGCUAAAGGGAAUUCUGGAAACACUGAGUACAUCUACAAGUUCAAGAAGUCUAAAAUCUCUUGACACAGACAAUAAUGAAACAGAAUUAGAAAGAAUUCUGCGACUGAGAAAGGUGACAACUGAUCAAGACAGUAGCAGUCCAUCUGGAAUCCUGGCUACGUCAGAAUCCAAGUCUAUGCCACUGUUAGGAUCCAAUGGAACACAGUCCACCUUGAGCAAGAAAGCUGCAGUAGCUUCAGGUUCGGAUGAACAGUGUCCUAAAAUGAUCAAGAGCACAAGCUCCAAGGAUGCCAUUGAGAUGUCAGGAAGGCAGUUUUAUUACUUAAAGAAAAAAGGAAAUAGGUCACCAAGAGAUGUGGGACUUGAAAACAAGGUUGCUGGUAUAGAAAAGCCAGAAGAAUCCAUGGUACUAUUGAAUGCUGAGAAAACCAAAGAGCAAAUGCCUGAACACGUGGAUCAAGGCCAGAUGACUAAAGAAAAAGGUCAACACCUUCAUAAAGAUGGUAGCGUGGAACAAACAAAAGAAAAAGACACCUCUCACUGCUAAUUGAUGUAUGAAAAGGCAUUGACUUCUGGAAGUUCCUUUCAGUGAUUGUCAAUUGUUUCAUUUCUGUUUACUGCAAAGGGCUAUACUUCAUACUUUCUGGUGUGUCUGGUUUACUGAAUUAGCUUUAGUUUUGUACAAUCCAAAGUCUCACUUUGGGCUACUUUCUCCUGUUUUUACCUCUGCUCUAUUUCUGUCUCUCCAAAAGCUGUAAGAUGUUUACUUCUUGAAUUAUGCAAAAAAAUCAAAUAUUAUUCUGCAAUAAUGACUUGUUUAAGGCGUGAGUCAAAGACUACUAAUGCUGAUUUGAAAGAAUAGGUCAAACCUUAAUGAGGUUGGAACAUAAAUGCACUUGUAUGAGUGACUGAUGGGGUAACCAUAAAUUCUUUAGCAAACAGGACAGUCUAUUGAAGUCAUGUUUGGGCUUUUCUUGGCCUGAAGUGGUCACACUUUUUUCAGGGUAACAUGAUGUAGAUCCAAGAGGACUAUUUUUCCCAUAUGUCCCUUAUGACCUUUCCCUUCUCCUAUCGUUGCCUGUGCUAGUGAUGUUUGGUGGUCUAGUGCAUUAAUGGAAUUCAGGUUUCUGCACUUUUGAACAUUUGGUAGGCUUCACGCUCUCAUUAAAAUGACAAUUUACUCCUGACAUUGCAUUUCAAACUGCACUGAUAGUCAGAUAAUAGCAUCCAUGUUAUCCAGGCAGUUUAAAUUGCCAUAAAUGGACAAAUGUUUCAAAAAAAAUUAUACAAUUUUACCAGAUUGUAUUCAAUCCUUAAAAUGCAUACAUUGCAUUAUAUAGUUGGAAAGAAUCAAGGGCCACCUUGUCCAAUCCCAUUCUAUGUGAAACAGAAAAUAAACGGCCUCUGCCUCUUCUAGGAAGUGUCUACCACCUGACUUUUGACUUUAUUUGUAAAUAAAUUAGUUUUAAAUAUUAGAACACUUUUAAAAUUGUGUUGUUGAAGGCUUUCAUGGCCAAAAUCACUGGGUUGAUGUGAGUUUUCCGAGCUGUAUGGCCAUGUUCCAGAAGCAUUCUCUCCUGACUUUUAAAAUUGAUUAAAUUUUGUUUAGUCAAGUAAUUUAGCUGACUCAAUUGACUCACAGUACAUUCUAUAUGUAUCUAGUUAGAAGCAAAUCUGACUGAGUUCAUAGGACUUUUUCCAGGUAAAUUUGCAUAGGACAGAACGCAGCAAAGUACCUGUGUUCUUAGAUAUGUUUUAUGGCCCUCAACACAUCCAGAGUCACAUUUGUGGCCAAACAAAAGGGAGUGAAUUGCUUCCCAAGAAGCAGUGGACCUUUUAAAUAGCUUCUAAGGCCUCCUGCAUUAAUAAAUACAAGAAAUAAACAUUUUUGAGACUCAAAAGUAGAUAUCUGACCACUUCAGUGGAGUUGUUCAGAGCCCAGGGCAUAAAACAUGCCUCUAGGCCUACUCAACUUACCCAAUCUUCUCCUAAUGAAAAUGACAAAUUAAGCUGUGCUCUUGCCCCUUCUUCAAUUUCCAUUCAUUUCAAAGGGUUCUGUUUGGUGGAUUAUGUUUACAUUGCUAUAAUUCAAAAGUGCAAUAUUUCAUAGAAGGUCUAGUAGUAGCUGGUGGCUUUCAUAUCAGUCAUGUGGUAUAAACUCUGGGUUGUAGUCCAAACUUCGAAGGAGCUAUCCAAUAUAUUGAGAAAGUUUUGGGGAUGAGUGAAAACCACAAGUAGAUUAACUGCAUUAAUGCUACUGAAGCCAUCAGUUCACACUGAUAAGGGCUAUUGUAUCCUUCUUGUUCAGUUUCGCAUCAAUACAUUAGGAAAGCAAAAAUGCAGUACUGUAGCAAGCAUUUUUUUUCAUCAGUUUCUUUGCAAGUAUUGUAGUCACAAAAGCUUGCUUAGCUGUUGAAAAGAUCCUAAGCAUAAAUUGUUCCAGAGACAGGGAAUAUUAAUCUAAAGCUUCCAUAGCUGAAGUGAAAUGGAAACAGAUUUCCACUGGCUUUAUUGGCGGUGCACUCUUUACUUUCAGGGUCAGAGAGUUAAUUCCCAGAUAUAUUGUUUGGAGGAGAAAGUAAAUACAGUAAAGUCUCACUUAUCCAACAUAAACAGGCUGGCAGAACGUUGGAUAAGCGAAAAUGUUGGAUAAUAAGCACCAAAACAUCAUGUUUUACAACAAAUCGACAGAAAAAGCAGUUCAAUACAUGGUAACGUUAUGUAGUAAUUACUGUAUUUCCAAAUUUAGCACCAAAACAUCACAAUGUAUUGAAAACAUUGACUACAAAAACACUGACUACUAAAAGGCAGACUGUGUUGGGUAAUACAGAACGUUGGAUAAGCGAAAGUUGGAUAAGUGAGACUCUACUGUAAAUGUAUUUCCUUUAACACAAUGAGACACUGUAUAAUCUUGCUACAUUUUGUUACACACACACACAUGUAGUUCAAUCAUAGCUAAAAAAAAUUCAGAUGAUAUUUCCCAUGUUUCCUCAAGCUUGAUAUUUAGGACCAAACUGUACAUCAGACCUAUGCCAGCUGCAUCACAGGCAGAAAUCUGGAUUUUAUUUUUCUGUUUAAUAAAACAUGAUUACCACUGUUUCCAAAUGAUAGCUUCUCCAGGAAAGGAGAUGUUAAUUCACUACGUGGAUAGUAUUUUUUUGGCAGGAAUAUUUCAUGAAACAGCCAUAGUGUUUUGUGAAUGAAUACAAAAUAGUGAGCUGAUACAAAGAGCUGCCUCUCUAGAGAGAAGAUGAUCUAGUAGCAACUUCAUGUUAACCAUUAUAUUUUCUUUACAUGUUAACCAUGCCCUCUUCCAGACUUGCCCUCUUCUAUGAAAGGCCAUUUCAGAGUAACAAAAAUCUUCACGAAACAACGAAACAAAUAUGUAUCAUCAUAUAGAAACAUGACAAUUGAGGGGAGUUAUAGCCCAGCAAUGUUGACAGCCAGAAGUUUCCAAAUUCUGUUGUAAUAUAUUAAAUAUCCCAGAGCCACGAUUUCUUGCAAAUUAUUGAUCUUAGCAGAAACUUUUGUUGUUUGAAACUUCAGGGCUUUUGCUAGCAGACAACUCGGAGAUGCUGUAUGGCCAAAAAAACCCACAAUAGAUCAUCAAAUGAGAAACAAAAAUAUAUAAAACAUGGGGUUUUCACCUUGCAGUAAAGUAGUUCAUAUGGCAUAUUAAUCUCCCCGAUGACAAAUAUACGGUAUAAUUUAAUACCUUGCCUGCAAAUCCAGUUCUUUAAUGUAUCCAGGAUCAAAAUAUUUUUACAAUAACAAGGUGUGUCAGAUACAUUUUGAAAGCCUUGAACAAUUUGCAAUAUAGUGUUUGUUUAAACUUGGGUGAUCAUGUUCUUCAAUGCACUGUAAAGUUUUUUUUUAUAAUAGGAGAUGGUGAUCAGAAUUAAAGGAUGAAUGUGUUUAGUUUGCUAGAUUGGCUUAGUAUAUAGAUGUGCUUAUCUCCAUUUUAAAAAAGCAAAUCAUUAAGGCUGCAAUCCUAUGCAUACAUAGCCGAGAGUAACACUACUGAAUUCAGUGGCAGUGACUUUGGAAGAGAUAAGCACCGUAUUGCAGUUAGAGCAGUAGUUGUGUGCAAAAUACUUUCUCCGCGUGUUUAGAAAAUGUUGUGGUUGAUCAUUCCAUACAUAUAGGGAAGCAUGUCCUUUUGUUACUCUUUUCAAUCAGCCUUUCAGUGGGGCUUUUCCCCUACUAAUUGAUUUUGCACUUAGAUCAGUUUGAUUACACUGAAUUUAAUAUGAAAAUUUCUAUGAGUAUUUUUUCUUGAAUUGUUGCAACUGGAAAAGAUACAAAAUUUCAAAAGUGUAUUUAUUUCUAGUUAAAUUAUUUGUUAUACUCUGAUAUAAAUUAUUUCUUUUUAAUGCUGCUUAUUAAAAAGGUUUCUGAUUAUUUCCCAA